UCGCUAAGAUAAAUCAUAUCCAUCGGAAACCAUUUUUAUAAAUACUUUAAAAAACUAUUAAUUAUGUGGUUAAUAAUAUCAAUUAUUAUUAUUGUAUUUGUAACAAAAAUUUUAAUUGACUGGUAUCGACCGUCAUCAUUUCCACCAGGACCCACUGGAUUACCAUUUAUAAAUAAUAUAUAUGACUUGAAAAAGCUGGUUAAAGAAACAGGUUCUCAUGGAAAAGCAUGGUGUGAGUUAGCAAGAAAAUAUGGACCUAUUGUAGGUCUAAAAUUGGGACUAGCCGAUCCGAUGAUUAUUGUUUCGGGUCGUGAUGCAGUAAUGGAGAUGCUAAGUAGAUCUGAGUUUGAUGGACGGCCUAAUGGGUUUAUAUUUACUCACAGGACUAUGGGAAAAAAACGGGGUAUUCUGUUCACUGAUGGUAAAGUAUGGACAGAUCAAAGAAGGUUUUCGUUAAUAAACUUGAAAAGUUUUGGAUGGGCAGGGCAAACAAUGGAAGAACUUAUUUUAGAAGAUGCUGAGAACUUGGGAAAAAUAAUAGACAAAGUAUCUAAAAAACAUCAAGGGGUUGUUAAAAAUCUUAAUGAACUUACUGCUUUGGCUGUUCUUAAUAGUCUCUGGUCAUUAUUCGGUGGCUCGAGAUACGACAUCGGGAAAUGUGAACCGAAGUUAUUGGACACGUUGAGAAUGUUGAAUGAUUCUGUUAAGGAGUCAAAUGUUUCUGGAGGUUUGUUGAAUUAUUUACCAUUUCUGAGACACGUGGCUCCGAAAUCGUCGGGUUAUGAAGCUAUUCAUGAACGAUUGCAUCGUAUGUGGGCAUUUUUUGCAGAAGAAGUUAAGUCUCAUAAGACCACGAGGAAGUUGGGAAUAAAUAGAGAUUUGAUUGACGUUUAUUUAGAAGAGAUAGAGGCGCGUAAAAAUGAUCCAGAUUCAACUUUUGAUGAAAUGCAAUUAAUUGCAUUGUUAAAAGAUUUUUUUGCGGCGGGAGUUGAUACUACUAAUAAUAGUAUUGGUUUUACUAUUGGAUAUUUAACAUUAGCACCGGAAGUACAAAAGAAAGCACAAGAAGAACUUGACAGAGUAAUUGGAAGAGAUAAUUUGCCUUCAUUAAAUUCUCGAAAUUUGUUGCCAUAUUUAAAUGCAACUCUCACAGAAGUACUAAGAUUAGCCAACAUUGGACCCACAACAAUUCCUCAUCGCGCAACAAAAGACACGCAAUUAAACCGGUACACUAUAAAAAAAAAUUACACAAUUCUCGCCAACUUAAUGAGCGUCCAUCAAGAUGUUGAUCAUUGGGGCGACCCAGAAGUAUUUCGCCCCGAAAGAUUUAUUGAUACAAAUGGAAAAUUUAUUUCUGAUCCUUGGAUUAUACCUUUUGGCGCAGGACGACGAAAAUGUAUAGGAGAGACAUUAGCACGUAAUAGUCACUUUUUAUUCAUCGCGUACUUACUUCAAAAGUUCAAAUUUGAGUUAGCGCCUGGACAAUCACGACCAUUGAUGACUGGGAUGGAUGGAUUCGCACUAGCGCCACCAGUUUUUGAUAUCCUUAUAACUAAACGAUAAAUAUUAUUAUUUUAAUAACUACACUGUAUUAAUUAUAUAACCUUUUAUUAAAUGAACAUCAAUAGAAUAUAUAUGUAUAUAAAUUUGUACAAUCCCCAUGAUUAAAAAAUAUCUAGAAAAAAA